GAUUGGAAGUCCUUGUGAGAAUCUCCUUGAAACCUGUUUCUGCUUUCCCAACCAUUUCCCAGUAUUCGGAGACGAAAACAUUGGGUUUUCCAUACAUUCUCAAUAAAAUUAGGGUAGAUCGAUGUAUGGCAUCAAAAAGUUACCGCGAGAUUAAAAUCUGAGUUUCUUGCCUUGUAGACUAGACCACAUGUAGAUGGUAAAAUAAGGAUAAGAGGCAAAUGAUUUUAUUCUUGUUCCAAAUUUACGGGGUUUGUUACCAACAGAAUGGAAAUAGAAGAGAAGGAAUACAGACAUGUCUUACCGGUUCCUAUGUAUCACAAUGAUUACAACAUCUGGUCAGUUUUGAAAAAUUGCAUAGGUAAAGAAUUGAGUAAGAUAACAAUGCCUGUUGUAUUCAACGAACCUUUAAGUUUUUUACAACGCAUGGCUGAAUACAUGGAAUAUGCACAUCUCUUGAGAUUGGCUUCAGAGCAAGACGAUCCUGUUCUAAGAAUGCAAUAUGUCAUAGGAUUUGCAGUAAGUGCUUUGGCUUCAAAUUGGGAAAGACUUGGAAAACCAUUCAACCCCCUUUUAGGGGAGACGUACGAAUUGGAGAGAAAAGAAUUCAAGAUAAUUUGUGAACAAGUGAGUCAUCAUCCACCAGUCUCGGCUUUCCACGCAGAAAAUGGAGACUGGAUAUUCCAUGGAUCUAUCCAUCCGAAACUAAAGUUUUGGGGGAAAAGCGUCGAGAUUCAACCCAAAGGAGUUGUCACCGUGGAGUUUCCUAAACUUAAAGAAGCUUAUACGUGGACUAACGUACAAUGUUGCGUUCAUAACAUUAUUGUAGGUAAACUUUGGAUGGAGCAAGUGGGUACUAUGGAAAUUUCCAGUUUUUUAUCUGGCCAUAAAGCACAUUUAACUUUUAAGCAAGCUGGAGGAAACAGUAAGGAUUUACACAGAGUUGAGGGAUUUGUUACAGAUAAGUCAAAGCAGAAAAUUUUGUUUAUAUAUGGCAAAUGGACAGAGUUUAUUAAAUGUACAGACAUACAUUCCUAUGAAGAAUAUGUAAGAGAUAAUUCUUCGAAAUUUUCUAGCAACUCGAAGAGUAAAAGUCCAAAUGAUUCUCCAUCUCAUACUUCCAGAAAAAUGCUACAAAAAUUUAAUAGUCUCAAAGUUGGCUCAUUCAACAAAUCAAACUCCACUACUGAGAGUAUGGACGAUUCCACUGCAGAUUUAGGAGAAAAUUCUGUUCCAAAAAGUGAUUCCGCUUAUUCCAUAGAUAUUCCAAAUUCUUCAACAAUAUGGAAAGUUAAUCCAAGGCCAGUACAAAGUGGCGAUUAUUACCAGUUCACUCAAUUUGCUAUGUCUUUGAAUGAAAUUGAGAAAGGUAUGCAGCUGUGUCCGACAGACUCUAGACUGAGACCUGAUAUAAGAAAACUCGAACAAGGUGAUAUUGAUGGUGCAGCUAUUGAAAAAACCAGAUUGGAAGAAAAACAAAGAGAUGUUAAUAAGACUCGAAAAAAUAAGAAAACGCCCGAGUGGGUUCCAAGAUGGUUUCAUCAGGGUAUAAAUCCUUACACGAAACAAGAGGAUUGGAUUUACAAUGGGGAUUACUGGAAAAAGCAGUACACAGAUCCAGAUAUAUUCUAAAUUGCACUUGUACUGAUGGGUAGUGUGUUUGUAGUAACUGUAGUAAUAUCCCUAAAUUGAUGUUAACUAGGAGUGUCCCCUUAUAGAAAUAGAUUAAUGUAUGCGUGUGCCAAAAACUUGCACAAAAUGUAAUUUAUCAUAGAAACAAGAAAUAGCGCUUCCGGGGAUAUUGUGAUUCAUGUCAAUUUUAUUGAUUUAAAAUUGAAACGUCAGUGUUUUUGACUCAGUUAUUCAUUAACUGGACAAAGUAAUUGAAAAAUUGUACGAUAUUUGAAACAAUCAAUUGAAAAAUUGGAAACGAAUCUAUAUUAAUUGUGCUGUCAGUAGCUUAGCCUCUAUUUUUCUGAAGAACUUAUAAAUACUCAAAAAAUGGUUGUGCACAAUAAGUAGCACUUCCAAAAAGCAAUGUUUAUCAUUUUUACUAUCCUAAUGAAUUAAUAUAAGGUACCUGAUAAACUCUUCUAAAUCAUAGAGUCUAUAAAUAUAUGUCCUUCUGCAAGAAGUACCGUAAACAAUUGUUUAAAAACAAAAAAUGAAAUUAUAUUAAUCUAAUCAAUUUUAAGAGUUUGGUUGGUUUUAUAAACUUUCUAAUAAAAAUCCAAAUAAUUUUAUUGAUUGGCCCUUUCGAACUUAUAAUGCUAAACUUUUAGAAAAAUAGUCUUAAUAGCCAUUUUAGGCAUUUUAAACCCCAAUCUGCGGAAAAAUUCCUAGUGAGCUGAAUUUUUGUAUACACACGGUGUUGUAAUGAAGAUAUGAAAAAUCUCGCGCUCUAUUGCUCGGAGGGCAAUAGCUGUUAUUAUAAAAAUUGUACUUAGAAUUACCUACAAAAAAUGUCUCUUGCAUUUUUCUGUAAAAUCAACCGUCUUCGGAGCAGAGCGCUGAGAAAGCGACUAGACUCACAUACGAUAUUGUAUAACGUACACCAAGGCGUAAACUACAUUGCUUUAUAAUAUACUUAUCUCAUAGAGGUUUAAGAACUAGUAUAACUUAUCCAAAUUACCCUCACUGGCAGAUUUUUUUAUUUAAAAAGCAAGCACAAGUGGAUAAACCCUAUUACACUCAAGUAAUUCGAGUAGUGCCUGCCGUGUGGAGAUGCCAGGUUGUAGUGCUCGAGAAAGAUGAAAGAUGAGCCUUGGUAGCUGAUUCCACAGGCUUGCACAUCUCGAAAGAAAUGAGUCUCGAUAAAUUGAAAUUCUGAGUGUCUGUAGGCGAAGUCGGUAUUCAUAAGCCACGUCUGUCUAUCGAAUAGGUCUUGCAAAAACUGUUCUAGGCGGGAUUAUGCUAGACAGCUUGGAAGAGUAUUUGCCGUGAUAGUAUCGGUAAAACAGAAUCAGGUCAGCAACUAUGUUCUAAGCUGUCCGAGUUCUUAAUCAACUCUGGAUUGUUUAUAAGUCGAACUGCUCUCUUCUGUAUUAAGUCGAGCAUCCCAAGGGUAUGCUUGGGAGCUGAUCUCCAAAUGUGCGUGAAAUAUUCCAAAGUACGACGAAUAUGGGCCGCGUAGAGGAUUAGAAGAUGUUCCGUAUUUCAAUGUUACGAGACCCGUCCCUUUAUACCUGCGACUGCUCGUCGGACUGCGUCAUUCAAAAAAUAAUUUUCAUCUGAACUAGAGUGUUAAACACGUUAUUUAUUUGUUUUCUGCUCUCAAACAAUUUUCAUAAUGAGUGAUACAUGCAUACAAAUACUUAAUCAACCUACAUCAUUUAUUUUCAAAAAUCCAAGAAGAAACAUUGCUGUAACAAAAAUAUUUUCGACUGAUUGCCUCAACAAAUAUCCACAUUGCUAGAAAAAUAUUUUAUUUCUACAUGUCGGGAUGUGAUACAAUUUCUGCACUUUUUUGGAGAGGAAAAUUGAAAAUCAUGAAGAUAUUUGAGAAAAGAACAAUUUCACUGAAAGAUUCCAACAAGAAAAUUGUCAUAGGGGUGUCAUUAUCAAUGAUAUAAUCCAUUUUCCACUAUGAUUUCAGAUCUGUAACAAAACAAAGUACAGCUGUGAAACUUCCUUUAUCUUACUUUACUUUAUCUUCAUCAGCUAACAGCAGAUUUAUUGAGUAUAUUAUGAAAUACAAACCUGUCUUGAAGAGAAAUUGAUCCAGAAUAGUGAGUUAAAAAUGAAAUACUACAGUCAAUAACAACUUUAUUAUCAUCAGCACCCGAUGAUCUACUUAACACUUAACACUCUUGUAAUUGUACGAAAGGUUGAGGCUGCAAAUGUCGAUGCAAAAAAAUGGAUUGAGGUGUUCAAAAGUUUAUGGAUAUUGAUGUGGCCAGUCAAGCUUAAACGCGGGGUCAACAAAUGUUGGAAAUGAUGAAGACGUAAAUCUCGAAAUGAGUCCACUCGAUGUUUUGUCAGCAGCUGUUACUGAUAGAGAAACUAAAGGUACCCUUUUUAGCCGGUACGAUAUCGAUGUCGAUUUUUCACAUCUUCAUUACAACAUCAUAAUGAAGGUGUAUACAAAAAUCAGGUCACUAGGAAUUUUUCCGCAGAUAAAACCUAAAAUAACUGGACUAUAAGGAUAUAGUUGCUAUUUUUGUUAUUAUUAAUUAAUUACUCUCAGUGAUUUAGCUUUGAUAAAAAUAAAAGUAAGACCUUUAUCAAAUCUAGAUCCAAAAUAAAUAUUAUUUUGAUUUUUUAUUAUUGGUUUUGAGUUUACCUGUCUUUAGUGUAUGUACGAUGAACCACAUAUAUUUUGUUUUUAUAGUAAUAGCACUUAACUUGUUGAAACCUUAUGGCUAAACAGGUAUUUUUGUUACUUAAUGUAUAAAUCUUAGAUAACUUUCCAUCAGAUAUUAAAUUUUUUUCCAGUGUGUCUUGAAUGUCAACUCAUUUACACAAAUAUAAAAUAAUAUAAAAUAAAGAUCGAUUAAUCCUAUCAAAAUAUUAAUAUAUUGGACACACAAGUUUUUGUUAUAUUGUUUCCCAUAUUUUUUAUAUGAAAUACACUAUAGGAAAUGCGUCAGUUAUGAAUGUUUUUAAUCCCCAUUUUUUAUAUAAUUAUACUAAAAAUGAAAUUGUAGUUUUUUUAGUUCAAUUGAUGACUAUUGGAAAUUAGUAAAUUAAAAUUUUUUUACAAUUUAUAUUUUCUGAAAAACCAUAUUCUCUUCUAAUUUCAUUAAUAGUAAAUCAAAUUCAAUCUCUAUAAUAAUCAAAUUGAAUUAUUUAUCGACAAUAUGAGUUCUGAAAAUAUUCAUCUAACAAUUUUAAUGUAAAAUUUUUACAUAUUGAUUCUAUUGCCUUACCUAUGGGACUAUAAAAGUUUUUAUUGAGCAUUUCAUGAUAAUAUAAUUGAAUAUAAUGUGAUUCACUUUAUGUUCAAAAAAAAUUGUGAGUACGUGGUUAUUUUGAGAUUGUAUUUCAAAUACGGGUGUACCUUCCUAGAACUGGGAUGUAUCUUUACUUUUCCUGUAUACUGAAGCAACACUAGAUUAGGAAUGUGCUUCGUGUGAUUUCAAAUGCAAUAAUAUUUAAGAAAUGGUAUGUAUACAAACAUAUUAUUUCCUAGUUUUACAAAGUACAUUGCAUUUCGUUUUUCUUAACAACAACUCAGUUUAGGAAUAUUUAAUAAAACAAAUAUAAUAAAAUUAUAUCUUGUAAAUUGUAACAAUUAUGUUUUUUUGGAAAAUAAAACUAUUUGUUAUUUGA